ACGUUGAAGUUGAAACGAAGCUCCAAAGAACAAAAAAAGAAAAUUAUGGAUAAGAUAUAGUGAGUCCUCAGUCUCCGCUAUUCGAAGCGGUGGAAAUGGCUUCAAUCAUCCACAACGGCCUUCAAAUUUCUUCGAAGCUCGAUUCUCCAUGGCCUAAGGUUUCAUCACAUCUUCAUUUUCAUCCUCGAGCAUGGGUUGAGGCUGUCCACAAUCACGUUCCUCAAUUUUCCCCAGUUAUCCUCAAUUGCCGUCCUUCUCCGCGCUCUUUGGUUCGAUGCUCCAGUCGAAUCGAGAGGGAAGGCGAUCCGUCUACUGCAGAAGCCAAUAGGACGUCUUCCGUCCGAGGAACGAUUGAGGGGUCUGAAAGUAAAGUUUCUUCUAUUAGAAAUGUUGCUCUAUGUGUUGCUACUGCCGUGGCAUUUGGUAUUGGGGUGGGUUUGAAAGAUGGAGUUGGCAAGGCAUCUGAAUUUUUUGCCGGGUAUCUUCUGGAGCAAAGUUUGUCAGUUGACAAUCUCUUUGUCUUUGUUUUGAUUUUCAAAUACUUUAAAGUGCCAACGGAGUAUCAGAAUCGGGUGCUUACUUAUGGUAUUUCUGGUGCAAUUGUCUUUCGUCUAACAAUCAUACUUCUGGGAGCAGCCACUCUGCAGAGAUUUGAGGCUGUGAACCUGCUUCUGGCUGCUAUACUUCUAUUCUCAUCAUUUCAGCUGUUUGCGAGCAAUGAAGAGGAUGACGGCGAUCUAUCAGACAACUUUGUAGUAAAGACGUGCCAACAAUUAAUUCCUGUUACAGCAACCUAUGAUGGGGAUCGCUUUUUUACACUUCAGGAGGGUGUGAAGAAAGCAACACCUUUACUGCUCACCAUAGCUGUUAUUGAGCUCAGUGAUAUAGCAUUUGCAGUUGAUUCAAUACCUGCCGUUUUUGGUGUUACAAGGGACCCUUUCAUAGUAAUUACGUCAAAUUUUUUUGCCAUUUUAGGUUUGCGGUCCCUAUUCAUUCUUGUAGCUGAUGGGAUGUCAGAAUUGGAGUACUUACAGCCUUCCAUUGGCGUUGUUCUAGCAUUUAUUGGGAGCAAGAUGAUCCUUGAUUUCUUCGGAUUCCACGUUCCAACUGAGGCAUCUCUUGGAUUUGUCGCAAUAAGUCUGAGCACUGGUGUUCUCUUGAGUCUAUUGAAGAAGGCUGAUUGAUCAGAAAAACAGAAAGAGAGGGUGUUCGGCUUUAAUCGAAAAUUGUUUGUUUAAAAUUGUCAUUUCACUAUUGACUGGAGCCACGGUUAUACUUGGGAAGAAAAAGAUGAUAGAGCCGUUCUGCUAUCUACGAAUCAUGGAGGUUAGAAGAACUAUUCUUUUAAGAACUCGUUGGUGGUUGUGCUGAGAUGAUGAAUUUAUUCUCCUUGUUCUUUUCUAGUAAUUCCAAAUCUCUCUCUCAGAACCUUUCUGUUGUAGAUAAAUGAUUAGUAGCUCUAAAUCUCUGCUUUUCACCGUUACAUUCUUAUGUCAAAGGUGAGUUAUUGUCGUCCCUUUCUGCUACCCCCACCCCACUCCUCCCCCCAAAAAAUAUGUACAAUAAUUAUUAUAGUAAUGAAUGUAAAAUAUACUUUUAGUUCUUGGGAUUGGGAUUUGAAAUGAGGUUUUAAAAGUAACAUUUUGGUCCC